AUGUUUUUGAUUCCCAAGGAUUACGGCAACAUCCAAGACCUCCUUACACCGGAACAUCCUACUUUCUGCAACAAAAAGGAAUGUAGCGAUAAUGCUCCUUUGUUUUGUACUGAUACUUCAUCGAGUCACGCGCAUGGGGAUAACAAACCAAAGAAUAACUACGCAGCAUCUUGCACAAUGACCCGUUCUGAAACUGAUAGCUCGAUCCCCCGCAGCUCUGUGUCAACCCGAGGAGCACAAAUAACGUCAACCGUACCUAUGGAUGCACUGGAAGCAUGCAUUGCAAAUUAUUGCCUCUUUAUCACGAAUUCAACAAAUUCGCCAGCCAUGUUCCCUACUGCUCUCAUUGCAUUCGAUUACGAAGUACAUAUCUCAGCAUGGUCAAAGGGAAAACUCAUUCACCGUCAACAGCUCUUCUGUCAAGCUCAAGCUAUCUGCGAAAUGAUACAGUGUACAGUUUGCUGGGAAUCCAUCUACAAUCUUCACUGCUGGACGAAAAUUCAAUUAUCGACAUCAUGUUUCGCAUGUGCAGAUUUGCUGUCAGACGACUUCGCCCCUGUCCGACCACGACAGAAACAAAGACCAUCAGGAUUCCGACAAUAUACGGGCUAUCGACGGAAACUUUUGAUCGCAAUCAUCAUCUUCGGAUUGCAGUCAAGUACACCAUGCUCAGAUUUCAUCUCAUUCACCGCUUCGGAAGAGAUGUGCGUCAGUUCCGAAACAAAUCAGACAUGCACGUACAACCAGGCUACAAUCAUGACUCUCCAACCUCUUGAUCAGGAAACAUGUCUGAUCAACAGACAACAACGACAAAAUCAGUAG